UACUCAGGAGCGAGGGGCGGACGCAGGGCCGGGCUUAGCGCACUGGGGCUCGCUCGCGCGGCAGCAGCGGUAGCCGAGGCCUCUUGCAUCUGCGGCACGUGACGGUCGGGCCGCGUCUGCCGCUGUCUCGGUUGCGGCGCGGGGCCAGGUGUGUGGACGGGAGGAGGAGCGGGUGCCGCCGGCGGUCCCCGGAGGCUCGAGAUCAUGGAAGCGAAGUGGUUGCUGUGUAUGUUACUGGUCAUUGGAACUGCUGUUGUUAAGGCUCAUGAUGGACAUGAUGAUGAUGUGAUUGAUAUUGAGGAUGACCUCGAUGAUGUGAUUGAAGAGGUAGAAGACUCAAAACCGAAACCAGACACCAGCACUCCUCCAUCUCCAAAGGUCACCUACAAAGCUCCAGUGCCAACAGGGGAAGUGUAUUUUGCUGAUUCCUUCGACAGAGGAACUCUCUCAGGGUGGAUUUUAUCCAAGGCCAAGAAAGAUGACACUGAUGAUGAAAUUGCCAAAUAUGAUGGAAAAUGGGAGGUAGAUGAAAUGAAGGAAACAAAGCUUCCAGGCGAUAAAGGACUUGUAUUGAUGUCUCGGGCCAAGCAUCAUGCCAUCUCCGCUAAACUGAACAAGCCCUUCCUGUUUGAUACCAAGCCUCUCAUUGUUCAGUAUGAGGUUAAUUUCCAAAAUGGAAUAGAAUGUGGUGGUGCCUAUGUGAAACUGCUUUCUAAAACUCCAGAACUCAACCUGGAUCAGUUCCACGACAAGACCCCUUAUACGAUUAUGUUUGGUCCAGAUAAAUGUGGAGAGGACUAUAAAUUGCACUUCAUCUUCCGCCACAAAAACCCAAAAACGGGUAUAUAUGAAGAAAAGCAUGCUAAGAGGCCAGAUGCAGAUCUGAAGACCUAUUUUACUGAUAAGAAAACACAUCUUUAUACGUUAAUCUUGAAUCCAGAUAAUAGUUUUGAAAUAUUAGUGGACCAGUCUAUUGUGAACAGUGGAAAUCUGCUGAACGACAUGACUCCUCCUGUAAAUCCCUCUCGUGAAAUUGAGGACCCAGAAGACCGGAAGCCUGAGGAUUGGGAUGAAAGACCAAAAAUACCAGAUCCCGAUGCUGUCAAACCAGAUGACUGGGAUGAAGAUGCCCCUGCUAAGAUUCCAGAUGAAGAAGCCACAAAGCCUGAGGGCUGGUUGGAUGAUGAGCCUGAAUAUGUACCUGACCCAGAUGCAGAGAAGCCAGAGGAUUGGGAUGAAGAUAUGGAUGGAGAAUGGGAGGCCCCUCAGAUUGCCAAUGCUAAGUGUGAGUCGGCCCCUGGCUGUGGUGUCUGGCAGCGACCUAUGAUUGACAACCCUAAUUAUAAGGGCAAAUGGAAGCCUCCCAUGAUUGACAAUCCUAACUACCAGGGAAUUUGGAAACCCCGGAAAAUAGCAAAUCCAGAUUUCUUUGAAGAUCUAGAACCUUUCAAAAUGACGCCUUUUAGUGCUAUUGGUUUGGAACUGUGGUCCAUGACCUCAGACAUUUUUUUUGACAACUUUAUUGUUUGUGGUGAUAGAAGAGUAGUUGACGAUUGGGCCAGUGAUGGAUGGGGUCUGAAGAAAGCUGCUGACGGGGCUGCCGAGCCUGGUGUAGUUGGACAGAUGCUUGAGGCUGCCGAGGAGCGCCCAUGGCUCUGGGUGGUCUACAUUUUGACUGUAGCUCUGCCUGUGUUUCUUGUUAUCCUUUUCUGCUGUUCUGGAAAGAAACAGUCCAGUCCUGCGGAGCACAAGAAGACUGAUGCUCCUCAACCAGAUGUGAAGGAAGAAGAAGAAGAAGAGAAGGAAGAGGAAAAGGACAAGGGAGACGAGGAGGAGGAAGGUGAAGAGAAACUUGAAGAGAAGCAAAAAAGUGAUGCUGAAGACGAUGGUGGCACAGUCAGUCAAGAGGAGGAAGAUAGAAAACCUAAAGCAGAGGAGGAUGAAAUUUUGAACAGAUCACCAAGAAACAGAAAGCCACGAAGAGAGUGAAACAAUCUUAAGAACUUGAUCUGUGGUUUCCUCUCCCCACCCCCAGCCCCCCGCAAGUGUGGUCCCAGGAGAGGACCUGGCACACCUUAGGUUGAAAUUCAGAAAUCCUCUAGACGUCAACCAUCAACAGGUUCCAGUUGAACACUAGCCCCUGUAAUUUUAAACAUCUAGCAGUAAAUAAUUGCAGUUGUGACAUAAAGGACCUUGUUUUUGUAGAAAGAAAGCAUCUAACAUAAUGGUUGUGAAAUGUAACAUGAGGCAACUAACAUGUAUUUUUUUGUUUUUAAACAUCUUUGUUUUUAAGAUAGAGUGAUAGAACUUUGCCAGUGUUUAAAAUCUUGGCUUAAUUUAAUAUAUUAAUUUGUCCUUGCAGAAAUAACACCACCUUUAGAAAUGCUAGGGAGAUGAAUUGCAGUUUUUAUAACUGGUUUUGUUUUUUUAAGUUUGGUAUUACAAAACAUUCAAGUGUCUCUGUCCCUUAAAAUCGAUAAUCAUGUUUAAAGUGCCAUCACUUGUGGUUAUAAUCUUGUUUUGCUUGCUUCCGUUACUCAAUUCCUCCUAAAGAAAUUGAGGAGAGGGAUUGGAUGGAAGCCCAAAUUUAUAUAGAAGUUCUGUUUAAGUUGUAUUAAAAAUAGAUAUACAAAGAGAAAAAAUCUUUUCACUUGAUGUUGGUUAGACCAUAAAGUGUGUGUGUUCUGUUGCCCUUGGAACAGCUGAGUUCCCAGACGGCUUUGCAAUUAGAGGAGGAGGUGGCAUAAUGUGGCACUUGGGCAUUUAUACUUCACACCCCGGGCGUGUCUGGGCUCCAGCCUUCUCGAGCAGGUGGCUCUAUAAGGAACGCUACUGGGGACUGUGAGCCCCAGAGAUGCAGAUGUUUCAUUGCUUCUUCCACUGUGUUGACACUGUUUUCCUUCCCUAUUUCCUCAAGUUUCCAGCUUUCUCCUCUGCUAUGCGUUUUCUUCACAGCGCAGCUUGCAGUCCAUUGCUGAAAAUGAUUAUAAGCUCUGCAUAGUGUUAAGCUUUAUUGUGAUUAUGUGUAUAUUUCUUCUUUUUUAAGCAGACCCACACCUUUUCAGGGUCAGAGUACAGGAUAAAAUACUAUCUUUCAUUUGUAUCCAUUUCUUUUACUCUGUGUAAAGACUUUAGAAGUCUAAUCCAGAGGCGAGCCAAUUCAGAAUUGACUAAUUGAACCCAGGCUAAAAGUAUUUAUGGGAGGAGUGACAUAUAGCAUGAGUUAUCUGAUUUUUGUAGCUGCUAAGCCUUUUAAGUCUUCAUUUGCAGUUCAUGUAGCACUUGCGUCUAAAAUUACAUGAUAAAGCAGUCCUGUUCAAAAAGAAACUUUUUUUUUAUUUGGCUUGUAGAAUUUUUAAAAAGUGAUCUUAGGUUUGUUUUUUCAUGUGGAAUGCAGAUGGGUGCUAUCAGAGCCUCUCCCCCAUCACUCUAGUGUAAUAAUAUCAUUAUUACACCACACUGAAAUGUAUUCAGAAUUAGAUGUUGUUUUAGCUUUAUUCUUUCUUUAGAAGUGUUUCAAAUGUACCGAUCAUACUGUUCCUUGCACUGAAUAUAUAAACACUCCGGAGUGUUUAUAUUGGAGAUAUUGGGGAGGAAGUAUAUUCAUAAAACAUGAAGGCUGUAUCUGUUUAUUUUGUUUAUCUUCAGUUUUUUACUGGUUCACUUAAAUUCUUAUGAGGGUGGGAUGCAUUUUUCUUGCUGUUCAGUGCUUUCUCCUUUUCAUCUGUUCUGUGGUCACAGUGACCUUAGCUAUGUAGCACACUUUCCCAAAUGUAUUGAGUGCAAAUAAACAGUUACUUAGCAAGACCUAAAAAUAUGUCUGCAGGUUUCUCCUUGAAGCAAAUGUGUGGGAUCAUUGCAUUUCCAGAAAUCUGCCAUCUUCACUCUUUGUUGCCAUUAUUUCAUGCCUCACUUACAGUUUCUUCCAGCUGAGUUAUGGAAUGACAAAUGUAAAUCAGUAGAGUGUUCAUUUGCCUUUCCAGGGUGGUUUAGCAAAGUUUGUCCAAAAAAAAAAAAAAAAAAACUUGGUUCUCUUUUUCACUCUCUUUGUUGAAGGUGCAGCUUUCUCAUUAAAUGUUUUACACAUUAGUGAAUGACCAGCAGCAAUUUUCAGCUCUUUAAUAGGUACUUACAUUAUGAUUUUACAUGCUGGUUAUCUGUCCCAUUGUUGUAAAAUGCCCACUCUAUCAGAUGUGUUCCUCAGUUACUCUUAUCCACAAAAUACUCUUCUCUUUUCUCAAAUUGUCAUGUUACUAAAUGGUGUUACAUUAAAGCCCUGCGUUAAGCGUC